AUGUCAAGUUCAGACCUGUUUAUUGUCAAAGAAAACAGUGAAGAGAAAGAACUCAACUUCCUGAGUAAGAGACCCAUGUUAGAAUUUCAAAAGGAAAGUCAUGCAACGACGUCACGAGAUUCUGAUCCUCCUCAACAGCUUCAAGAACAAGAAGCCAAAAGCGAAGUACAUCAUGAGAACCAAGAAGAAUGCAACAAUACUUUAGAUCCCAACUCUAUUGAAAAGCCGUCUUUAGAAGCAGUUUUGAUGGAAACAUACGUUGUUGGCGACGAGGACGACGGAUUCAAAACUCCAACAUCUUUGGAUCACAAGAUUUCUAUCACGAAAUGCCCACCUGCACCGAGAAAACCCAAGCCGUUCCUAUCAAGGAAAAGAAAAGCAUCGCCACCAAAGGCACGUACAAUUCUACAGCUUGAUCUAUCACAAGAAAUUGAGGCACUAUUUCCUAGUACCAUUGUUGUUGAUUUGCGAAAAAAGAUCAAGAAAUCUCCAAGUGACAACGACAUAACCGGUGAAUUUAUAACUUCUCCAACUUGA